AUAGCCAUCGGCCUUCGCCGAGCAUUUUCUUCCCUCCCCCUUCCCUGCCACUCCAGCAAAGCAAGCGGCACUGCGCAGCCAAUGGCGACGCGCACCGCCUCCCAAGGCGCCGCCGCGGCAGGCGGGGACGACGAGGUGGCGGAGGCGGCGGCCACCGCAGGCUCCAUGCUCCGCCAGCGCCACGCGGGCAAGGGCACGGACGGCGCGGCGGGGGCCAUUGGCGCCGAGGCGGCGGAGUCGGUGGAGCGGGUUUUCGCGGACAAGGCGGUGCCGUCGUGGAGGGAGCAGCUGACGCUGCGGGCGCUCGUGGUGAGCGCGCUGCUCGCCGUCAUGUUCAGCGUCAUCGUCAUGAAGCUCAACCUCACCACGGGGAUCAUCCCCUCGCUCAACGUCUCCGCGGGGCUGCUCGGCUUCUUCUUCGUCCGCCUCUGGACCUCGGCGUUCGAGCGGAUGGGGCUGUUCCACCAGCCCUUCACCCGCCAGGAGAACACCGUCAUCCAGACCUGCGUCGUCUCCGCCUACGGCAUCGCUUUCAGCGGCGGGUUUGGCAGUUACAUAUUUGGUAUGAGUGAAACGAUAGCUAAGCAAGCAACAGAGGCUAAAGAUGCUCAGAACAUCAAGGAUCCUCACCUUGGAUGGAUGAUAGGGUUUCUUUUUCUUGUCAGCUUUGUUGGAAUAUUUGCACUUGUGCCCAUGAGAAAGAUUAUGAUUGUCGACUACAAGCUGACCUAUCCAAGUGGCACAGCAACUGCUUAUCUCAUCAAUGGUUUUCACACACCUGAGGGUGCCAAGCUUGCAAAGAAGCAAGUGAAGACACUGGGUAAGUUCUUCAUGUCGAGCUUUUUCUGGGGCUUUUUUCAAUGGUUCUUCACUGCUGGGGAUGACUGCGGUUUCAAGAACUUCCCAACAUUAGGCCUUGAAGCUUAUAAGAAUAGGUUCUUCUUUGAUUUCUCUCCUACCUAUGUUGGGGUUGGCAUGAUCUGCCCACACAUUGUGAAUUUGUCAGUUCUGCUUGGUGGCAUCAUCUCGUGGGGUAUAAUGUGGCCUCUCAUUGCGAUGAAAAAAGGGAGUUGGUACGAUGCUUCUCUCGAAGAAUCUAGUCUUCAUGGACUGCAGGCUUACAGGGUCUUUAUAUCCAUUGCUUUGAUUCUUGGGGAUGGAUUAUAUAACUUUAUCAAGGUGCUUAUCCGCACAAUUGCCGGCUUCAUAUCCAUGGUUCAAAAAAAUUCAAAAGCCAUGCUUCCUGUUUCAGACAAUGGCAGGCCCACCAGUGAAGCUGUAUCAUUUGAUGAUGAGCGUCGCACUGAACUGUUCCUGAAAGAUCAAAUUCCCACAUCAGUUGCAUAUGGAGGCUAUGUGGUAGUUGCUGCUAUUUCUAUUGGUACCCUUCCUCAGAUCUUCCCACAGCUCAAGUGGUACUAUAUUUUGGUUGCCUAUGUCGUAGCACCUGUACUGGCCUUCUGCAAUGCCUAUGGAAGUGGACUCACUGAUUGGUCUCUUGCCUCCACCUAUGGCAAGCUUGCUAUAUUUGUGUUUGGGGCAUGGGCUGGCCUUGCCAAUGGCGGUGUGCUUGUAGGACUUGCUGCAUGCGGUGUCAUGAUGAGCAUCGUGUCAACUGCCUCUGACCUGAUGCAGGACUUCAAAACUGGAUACUUGACUUUGGCAUCACCGAGGUCCAUGUUUAUCAGUCAGGUGAUAGGUACUGCAAUGGGCUGUGUCAUUUCUCCUUGCGUCUUCUGGCUGUUCUACAAGGCUUUCAGUGAUAUUGGUAAAAGCGGCACGGAAUACCCAGCACCUUAUGCCAUUGUGUACCGAAACAUGGCGAUACUGGGUGUCGAUGGCUUCUCGUCGCUUCCAGAGAACUGCCUGACUCUCUGCUACAUCUUCUUUGCUGCCGCGAUUGCCAUCAACCUGAUAAGAGACUUGACACCACAUAAGGUUUCAAGGUUCAUCCCGUUGCCAAUGGCAAUGGCUAUACCUUUCUACAUAGGAUCAUACUUCGCUAUCGAUAUGUUCCUGGGCAGCUUUAUACUCUUUGUGUGGGAGAGGGUGAACAAGGCUAAAGCGGAUGCAUUUGGACCUGCAGUGGCAUCAGGGCUGAUAUGCGGGGAUGGGAUCUGGACUCUGCCCCAGUCCAUUCUUGCCCUUGCCAAGGUUAAGCCUCCCAUUUGCAUGAAGUUCUUGACAAGAGCAGACAAUGUCAGAGUGGAUAAUUUCCUUGCUCGUUAGUCGGGGUCACUCAUGGUCUUCUACAUAACAACGGCAAGUAGCAGCCAUGCAUCUUCGUGUAAUUACAGUCGGAGAAUGCAUUUCCAUUGCAAAGACCACUUGUUUUGUAGAAAAGACAGAUCUGGGUUUCCAGUAGGGGGAGGCAUCCCGAAAGAUCCAAGUCCCGAAAUGAUAGUUGAUCUCCUGUGUAUUUUCCUUUGAAAUGUAAAGAAAGAAGAGGAGAACAAGAAAAGAGCAUAAAAGCCAAAACUACGGUAGGUGUAGCAGUUUCAUUUUUUUGCUGUCCGACGAGCUGUGAGAAUGUUUGUAUGUUUGCGAUUCGACAUUACGGUAGGCGUAGCAGUGUCUUUUUUUAGGACUAGCAUGGCAUGUUCUAUUAGCUUGAAGUCCAGCUGAUUGAAAGACAGCAUUUGAAAACCCAACGUCCAGCUUAUGUAGAAACUGCAUUUAUGGGUAUUGAGUUUUUGCAUGGA